AAUUUAUUUUAGUGCAAGAAAAAUUUCGUUUAUUAAACUCACGUUGUGAUUUGCGUUUCUUUUAUUUUUACGAUAAUUUCAAAACAAAUAAACAGAACUCAAUAAAAGUAUGAUAAUUUGUUAACUGGUCGUAUUGUCGCCGCAUUAUAUAACACACCGAAAAUAAAGAAAAUAUAUUUUCUCGUAAAUAGCGAUUUUAUUAUUUAUUAAUUGUAAUAACAACAAACAACCGUGUCAUAAUAAUAAUUGCACUCGUGUCGUUGUGUGUAUUUGAUGAACAAUAAUUGGUUUUUUGUACGUUUGUGAAUUUGUAAAUGCGGGUGAAAAAGAAAAAUUAGUGCAAAUAACGAAAUUAAUUACAUACAAAAAUUAAAGUUUCCUUAAACGUAGACAAUCUUUAGAUAUAAUUUAUGUAUAUUAAAAAAAAUAAUAGAAAAUAAAAAUAUACCUUCGGAAAUACAAAGCAUAAAUAAUUAACUAAAAAUCAACCCCAAUGUUGAGAAAACCGUGGUGCGUGCUUGGGUAUAUAAGAUUGUGUGAAUAAAAUCAUAUCUUGAAAAAUAUAACCGUUUAAUUAGCAUAAUAAAGAUAUUAAUAAUUUAUUAACUAACGCAUAGAUAAUAAUAAAGGUCAACCAGCAUUCUUUCAAAACAAAAAUAAAUCUAAAUUGAAAUUGUUGUCUUCUGGUUGUUGUUGUGUGGAAUCAAGACCAAAAAAACGAAGGGGUAUAAUCAAAUAUAUUGUUUAUUUUUGCCAAUUUUGUUUUGUGUUUCAUAUUCUUCGCUCAGCUGUUUGCUGAAACAAAACUGUUUGUGUAAUUUUUUGUUUAUAUUCAUUGUCUAUGUGUGAGUGAUUCGAAGAAGAAUAAGUUUGUAAAAGGGUGAAGAGAGCUGUGCAUGCUGCUUUACCAAGAGUUACCAACCCUAUUUUCAUAUUAUUGUUUAAUAUACCGUAAAAGUAUAGUACAACAUCAAAAGGUAAGUAAUAACAUUUUCCUUAUAAUUGAGUAAUUAGUUGUGGAUUGGAAAAAUAUUGCUUCCAACAAAUUCCAAUCAUUCCACGUAAAAGUGCUACUAAGUGAAAUUGUGAAAUAAAUAAUAAGUGUGAAAAAAAAAAUAUAAAAAAUGAGUGAAACCAACGAUAAAAAUAACGAUGCAGCAAGUGCCGCGGUGGAAUCAUCACUGCUGCCUCCACCGGCAACACCAACAUCAACACAGCCACCACCAGCGUCCAACUCUAGUGCCACGACACCAGCCUCGUCAGUGACGGGUGUGCCACCCAGCCGCCUAAAAGCUCCCACAAAUUUUGGGGGCUCUUCAUCAUCAGUUUCGAAAAUUGGCCGACCAUGUUCACAUGCUACCCCAAAAGCUGGGCCACCACCAAGAGAUACAAACAGCAUGAGUCGUGAAAGCGAUGACAACUUGAGCUCCAUCAAUUCUCAGUACACAGAUUUAUACCAAGAAACCGUUAAACGUUUUACACGUUCGUCUUUGUCACCCGAAAUGGAUAGAUUUUCACCAUCACGUUAUUCUUUUAAGUCGAGUUCACCAUUUGCGAAUUCGGACUCUAGUCGACGACAAUCUUACGAUUUGUAUCUAGAGGCCACAGGCCGUAGACAAAGUUCAGAUCAUGGCUCUAUUUUGACACACGAUACAGAACAGUUUAUAAUUGGCCAGAGAGUUUGGGUUGGUGGCAUACGUCCGGGACAAAUAGCCUAUAUUGGUGAAACACAUUUUGCACCCGGUGAAUGGGCUGGUGUUGUCUUAGAUGAACCUAGUGGUAAAAAUGAUGGUUGUGUUGCCGGAAAACGUUACUUCCAAUGUGAACCAAAAAAGGGUAUAUUCUCCCGUUUAACACGUCUUACCUUGGCACCAUUGCCAGGAGCUCAAACACCUACUUCACCGCUAUCAAAAUUUUCUCCAGAUCGUUCACGUACAGUUUCACCCACAGCCAGUAUACGCAGUUCUUUCUUACGUAGUCCUGGAAAAAAUGGUUUGACCGUGGGUGAUCGUGUUAUUGUUUCCUCUGGCUUUGGCAGUCGUCCUGGAAUUCUUCGUUAUUUGGGUGAAACACAAUUUGCAUCGGGAAAUUGGUGCGGCAUUGAAUUGGAUGAGGCCAGCGGUAAAAACGAUGGCUCCGUUGACGGUGUUAGAUAUUUCGAAUGUAAACCAAAAUUUGGUGUUUUUGUGCCAAUUGCAAAAGUCUCCCUGUCACCAUCAUCUAAAAAGUCUCGCCUAUCCCGAACAGGAUCCCGUGAAUCUCUUACUUCCAUUGGCACAAUGAACAGCAUUGCCACGACAAAUACAUCACGCUUGCGCUUGAAUGCUCAGCGCAAAUCGUCGUCAUUUAAACCCGUUGCUGUCACCACACCAAAAAGCCAAUUUUCUAUGCAGGAUUUAUUGCGCGAGAAACAACAACACAUUGAACAACUUAUGAUCGAACGUGAUUUGGAUCGUGAGGAUUCGCAGAAUACAGCUUUACAGUUUCAGAAAAAUAUCAAUGAGCUUAAAACUUAUAUCGCUCUUUUGGAGCGUCAGUUGAGUGAGGAACGAAAAAAGGCCGAAGAUUUACAGUUCUCAAUAGAUGAGGCCACAUUUUGUGGUGAUGAAUUAAAUGCUCAAACUCAAGUUUACAAGGAGAAAAUACAUGAAUUGGAAACGAAAAUAAAGGAUUUAACAUCUGGAAAAAUUACCUCGGAAGAAAUUAGUGCGACAGCAAGUGCCGAAGUUGAUGAACUUAAGGCGAAACUGAGCGAACAAGCUCAACAAUUUGAGUCACAAAUUGCCGAGAAUCAGGAUGAACUGCAACGUUUGCAGGAAAAUAUUAAGUACCUUAAAGAUCAAAAUGAAGCAUUGCAAAAAGAGCUCGUAGCAAAGGAUGAGAGUCUCGAAAAGUUCUCUCUAUCCGAGUGUGGCCUCGAAAAUAUGCGGAAAGAGUUGACAUUUGUUAAAGAAGAACAUGAAAAGGAACGUCAACAAGUACAGGCUGAUUUUAACACUAGACUUGAAGAAAAAUCUGAAGAAAUUAAACGUUUGCUGGAAGAGAAUGCAACAAUGAAAAAAUCCUUGGCAACAAUUGAGACCGAGCGAACAAGUUUGGAGGACGAAUGUCGAAUAUUACGCGAAGAGUGCAAAACUCGUAGUUCCCAUGUGGAAGAUAUUAACAAUCAAUUGGCCAAGAUAUCGGCUGAAUUAGCUAUUAAGCACGCAGAAUGUGUUACAUUGGAUGAGAUGGUAAAGGCUCAACAACUUGGCAAAGCGGAAGAACAGACCCAAUUGGAAGAAAAAAUCCAGGAAAUUUCUAAACUUAAAGAAGAGGUUGUUAAAUUGCAAGAAACAAAGAACACUCUGGAAACAAAUCUUAAAAAAGCUCAAGAAGAACUUCUAAAGCUUGCCGAAUUGCAAAGCAGCUUUGAAACUAAGCUUCAAGAAGCUCUAAGUCAAGAUCAAGAUAAAAACGCAUCCAUGCUUGUUUUAGAACAAUCACUCAAGGAAUUGCGCUUGGAUUGUGAAAAGGUGCAAAAUGAAAACAAACAACUAAAUGUCAACAUCAAAAGCUUGCAAAGUGAGUUAGAAAACGAGAAAGUAUCUAGAGAAACUGUGACGAAAACACUUUCGGAAAAAGAAAUUUCAUUGACUGAAUGCAAUAAAAACUUAGAAAUUGCUCAGGAAACGAUUAAUAAAUUAAAGAAAGAAUUGGAAGAGACGUUUAAAAGUCAUCAGCAAAUAAUCAAUGACAAAACGAAUGAAAUUCAAUCUCUAAAGGAAGAACUAGGAAAACUACAGGAUAAAACAGCAGCUCUUGAAGGUGAAUCAUCCAUUACUGUCCAACAAUUGAGUGCCAAAAUUAAUCAAUUAGAAAGCCAAAAUAAAAGACUUGAAGAGGAUUUAAAGAAUUCAACGAACACAAUUGAAGAUCAACGUCAAAAGUCCAUCCAACAAGAUGAAGUAAUUGCUUCAAAAAUGUCCGAACUUAAAUCAACAACUACAGCCUUGGAAACCACAUCAAAACUAUUGGAAAAACUUAAAGGAGAACAUGAAACUUCCUUAACUAAAAAGCAAGAACUAGAAGACGAGAUUAAGAAAAUCGAGGAGAAAAACGCCCAACAACAAUUAGAUUUAGGAGACUUGGCGCGCAAAUUAGAAAGUUCAAAUGCCAAAUGUGACAAUCUAAUAUCACAGAAUGAAGCUUUACAACAGGAAAUAAUUGCUGCUCGGGCAUCCAGUUCAACCAUCCACAACGAAGUCAAAAAACUCAAUGAAGAAAUUCAAAGCAAACAAAAUGAAAUUUCCAAUUUGGUCAGUAACCAUGACAAAGAACGUAUUGAAAUGACGGGACAACUGGAAGAGCUACAGCAAAAAUUAGCAAACAACAUCAAAGACUUUAAUGAUGUCAAAGAAGUUGUCCAAAAAUCUAAAGAAGAGAUCAGCCAAAAAGUACAACAGAUUACUGAACUGGAGGAGAAGACUAUCAAGCAAGAACUUCAACUAAGUGAUAAUCAAAGGCAGAGGGAGAACUUGCAAACCAAAUACGAUGCUUUGGUCAAGCAAAACGAAUCCUUGCAACAAGACUUAAACACUCUUCGCACUUCCAGCACAGAUUCAAAUGCGGAACUUAUCAAACUAUCUCAAGAAAUAGCGAAUAAACAGAAAGCUUUCGAAGAACUUUUAGAUAAAUCUAGUGGAGAACGUGCUACGUUGGAAAGCCAAUUACAAGCCAGCCAACAACGAAUCGACGGCAUGUGCAGUCAAGUCGAAACUCUCACGAAUGAACUGAAAAAUGUCACAGAAGAAAGUUUCAAUCGGUUUGAACUUCUUAAACAGGAGCAGGAGAAGAGCGGUAAGCAAGAAUUAGAGAUGGCAGAUUUGCAUCGCAAGCUUGAUAGCUUUGUUAUAAAAUGCGAUAAUUUGGAGGAACAAAAUAAAUCUCUACAAAACGAUCUAAACACUCUACGCCAAGGAUCAGCCGGUUCAAAUGCCGAAAUUGUUAAACUCACAGAAGAGCUGACCAGCAAGCAAAAACUUUUGCAACAACUCACAGAUAAAUCCAAUGACGAACGUCUAGCAUUAGAAAGUCAAUUGCAAGAACUCAAACAAAGCAUUCAAUCUCAACAAUCCGAAAUGGAAGGUUUGCGUACUGAACUGAAAGCUGUUGAAGAUGCUAAAAAAGAACAAAUGGCAGAAUUUGAAAUUGCAAAAAAAGAAUUAGAAGCUAAAGCUCAAGCUGAAGUAAAUGAUCUUAAAGCUGCAGAGAGUGCAAAGCAGCAAACAAUUAUUGAAAGCUUUGAAGCUCAGCUGAAAAACUCUGAGCAGUCGAAAACAUCACUCGACGAAGCUAUCAGUAGUCUACAGAAACAAAUUCAACUUUUACAGGAUGAAUUGCUUAAAUCUCAAUUGGACUUUAAGACCAAAGAGGCCGAAAUGCAAAAGCAAAUAGAGGCUUAUAGAAUGGAGAAAGAACAGUUAUACACGAAUUUGCAGAAAACACAAAAUGAAGGAUCAUCAGCAUUAACAAAUGUACAACAAGAAAAUUCAAGACUUUUACAAAAUAUUGAAAAGCUAACCCAAGAACUUAAAGACAAAGAAGACUCAUUUGUUAGAGUUCACAGUGAAGCCGAGCAGCUGCGUAUUAUGCAAUCAAAUACCAAGUCCGAACUUGAAUUGCAAUUGCAAAAACUUCAGAAUGCUCUGGAUCUAACGAACGAGGAUUGUGAACAUAAAACAAAACUGAUCGAAGAAGACAAAAAGAAAAUAGAUGACCUUAAAGCUAUGCUAGAAGCCCUUAAACUUUCUAAUGAACAAAUCUCUGCCACAAACGCAGAACUCGCCGAGGCCUUGGAUAUUCUGGAACAAGAAAAAUGUGAAACUGCCAACAUAUUUGAACUCUUCGAAAUGGAAUCUGAUCAGAAUAUGGAAAAAUUAAUUGAAAAAUUAUCCAGCCUAAAAGAGGAACUCACCAAUACACAAGAGCAACUACGCACAAAGGAAAGCCAGUUCGAAGAAAAACAAAAGCAAAUCAAUUCAACUGAUUCAGUUCUACAAAAUACUCAGACUGCUCUAAACGAUGCUCAAAAGACUAUUAUCGAAUUGAAAACUCAACUGGGACAAUUGCAACAGGCCAACGAAGAACUUCGAGGUCAGCAUCAGGAAUCAGAAGAAAAACUAAAGCAACAAGAAGAUGUAGAACUACAACUUGCGGAGUAUAAGAAAAUUGUAGAUGAGAUGGACGAGACGUCUUCUGAAAAAUCCACUCAACUUGAGAAACUACAAACCCAUAUCGCUCAGUUGCAGCAAGAAAAGUCAAAGUUAAUUGAAAACGAGAAAACCUUAAAAAUUGAAUGUACAAGUAUCCAGAGAAAACUCGAAUUGAUGGAAAUGGAGAAAACAAAGGAAAUUGUUGGUUUAAAACAACGUAUUAAUGAUUUACAGUCGAUAAGUAAAUUGAAACAAAAUGGUGCCGCUGGAGAUAAUACUGGAUCAGAGACUUUAACUGCAGAUGAUAGUACGGCGCAGAUAAAUUUCCUUAAUUCGAUCAUUGCCGACAUGCAGAAGAAGAAUGAUACUCUAAAAGCGAAGAUAGAGGCUUUGGAGGCGUUGCCAAUUGAUUUUACUAAACCUGCAGCUUUUGAAUUAAUCGCCAAGAGAAAGCCGGCGCCCCGUGUAUUUUGUGAUAUCUGUGAUGAAUUCGAUAAACAUGAAACCGAGGAUUGUCCUUUGCAGGCAUCAGAUGAUCGAGAUUACUCGCCACCUCCCACAAGUGAGAAAAACAAUAAUGAACGCAAGGAACGCAAACUCCCAGAACCUAGAAAAUAUUGUGAAUCAUGUGAAGUUUUUGGUCACGAAGCUGGAGAAUGUGAUGAUGAAUGUUAUUGAUAAAGCACGAGCACUGAGUGAUUUAUGUUUAUUAAUUUAUAUAAUUUUAUAUUAAAUUUUAUGUUAUAAUUUCUUUAAUUUUAAUUUAUACUAUUUUAUGUUUUGUCUGUGGAAACUUUCAUUCUAACGAUAUUUAUUGUGAUUAUUAAGAAAUUUGUUAAUGUUUCCUUUGUAUCCUUGAAAGGAGCCUUAUUUUUUGUACUAACUACAAUAUCAUAUGUGUAUGUAAUUUAGAAAGUGAUUGUUAAUUAUUUAGUUUAUGUUUAAAUACUAAUUGUCCAUCUUGCUUUCAUUUUUAUAAACUAUGUAUACAAUUAAUAAUAAAUUUAUGUUUUUUUUUUUUCUUAUUAUAAAACUUAUAUCAAAGAAAAUACUAAUUUAUUUGUUAGAUAAAUUUUCAAAUACAAUUGUAAUUAAAUCUACAAAAGUAAUCAAUUAAUAAAUAAUUUCAUAUUCUAAUUUCUAUAAAUCGAAAAUCUAGAAAAAAUAAAAACAUGACUUACUAUAGAUCUGGUCAAUGGAAUAUUAAUAUCC